UAAUGUUGGGGCUAAUGUAGCAAAGAUAACACCGAAUUUUUCAUACUACGGUAAUGCGAAUUUUACAAUAAUCAUUGUCCUCGAUCCUUCGACCACGCUCCGUUACCCACAAGAUCAUUUCAUACAAUGAUUCAUUUGUGCAGGUAUAACACCUUCAACUCCAAUGAAAUUAAAGUACAAAAUACUACUACUUCAUCAAAUAACAUGAACAUCAAUUUAAUUAGAGUACAAACAAAUGUCCUGUGUCCUGUGUCAAUGUGCAUUCCACUUAACCAUAUCCCAAUAUGGAAUUGAAGUAAUCUCGCAACCCCCCUUGAGAUCAUCAACCACAUCAUAUGUGGUAGUAUGUAAUGGUCUCCACAGUUGCACCUUCAGGCAUGAACCUAGGUUUGGAUCCCUUUGGCUAUUUUUUGGUGCUAUUAACUACACCUCUUGAUUUAGCCUCAGCCUUCAUUUUGUUUGUACUCUUCAUCAUUCUACAAAAAUUCGUCAUCACACCUCGAUGAACACACACGCUCAACUCAAAAAUCAGCCCUCCGAAUGAAUCUGCUGCCUACCUGCAUCAGGUGUCUGCUAAAGUGAAAUGACACAGCAGAGAGUGUUCGUAACUAUCCAUCCAAUCAACGUAAAAACAAAAAAAUUUACUCACCUAUGGAGUAGGAAACAUGCAUGCAAUCUAAUCACCAAAAAACGAACAACCCUUACAUAUAUCAUAAACAUUAUAUGCCAUAAAUAUAAUGGUGAAGCCAAGAUACAAGACAAGGAAGGCAUCACACCAGACCAACAGAGGCUCAUUUUCGCUGGUAAACAGCUUCAGGAUGGCCGUAGUUCGAUCGACUAUAAAAUUUAUAAGGAGUCCACACUCCACUUGGUGUUGAGGCUUGGUGGUGGCAGGCAUAUUAUUGUCAAAACCCUUACGGGGAAGACAAUAACCCGUGAAGGUGACAGCUCCGACACCAUUGAUAAUGUUAAAGCUGAAGUUGAGGAGAGGCAUGUAGAUUUUUCUGAAGACUCUGACAGGAAAAAUUGUCAGUUCGUCUUGACAAAUCAUAUGACUGGGAUGUAUAAGAAUGAUGAUAUAUUCAUUUUACUUCUGAUGUUGAUGUACCCUUUCACAUUGAAUGAACAAUACAUGCAUUAUGUCGUCAACGCAUACACACAAAAUUUACCGACAAUACCAUCCCAUGCUUGCAAUUAACAUUUAUUAUAGCAAAACGAUAUGUACUUUACAAAAGACAGUUUAACAUGUAGCAUAUUUCAUGAACAAUAAAUGCAUUAUGUCAUCAACGCAUACACACAAAAUUUACCGACAAUACCAUUCCAUGCUUGCACUAAACAUUUAUUAUAGCAACACAAUAUGUACUCUACAAAAGACAGUUUAACGUGUAGCAUAUUUCAUGAACAAUAAAUGCAUUAU